UAUUUGCAUUAACAAAUCUGCGCCGCAUUUGCUUUUUAAAGUUUACAGUUUCCCGCUUGCACGUAUUUUCCCUAAUGGUCAGCGUGCCCUUUAUCACAUUUGCCGGCAACCACAGCUUUUGACUUGAAUCUCGCGUGUUUGGAAAAAAAACCCGGCCAGUUCGGCGGAACAAACUUGGUCUCGUUUGUUUUUGUUGCACUGCACGGACUGGGACAGGAAGAUGUGGAUUUUUGCUAUUCUAAUUGGAAUUUACGGAUCCUUCGUGACCGCGCAGCAAAAUCCCACGAUAACAUUUAUUACAAAAGAAAUUGUGGCCGAUCUUGGCGGGACCAUUGAUCUGAAAUGUGCCGUACAAUUUGCCAAAGAUUUCCCCGUGAUGUGGAUGCGGCGGGGAUACGCCGAUAGCACGGACACCCCGCUUUCAUUUCGAGGAUCACGUAUUGUUCCUGACAAUCGCUACUCUGUGCGCUACGAUGAGACGAGCAUGACAUUUGUAUUACAAAUCCAGGAUCUCCAGGAGACCGAUCAGGGAGUUUACCAGUGCCAAAUACCCAUUAAUAAUGUUAAUAAAAUCACGGCGGAGGUUCCAGUUCAUAUUCGCAGACCGCCUGUAAUAUCGGACGAUUCCACACGGGAUUUGAUAAUUGGUCGCGGUGAGGAUGUCGGUUUGUUCUGCAAUGCUACUGGCUUUCCCCAUCCCAAAAUAUCAUGGAGACGGCAGGGGAAUGCCGCAUUACCGACCGGUGGCGCUGUUUACCAUGGAACCGAUUUAAAAAUUUUCGACAUACAAAAAGAACAUCGUGGAACAUACAUCUGCACAGCGGAUAAUGCGGUUGGCCAGGGUGAUCGAAGGAAUAUUAACAUACGGGUCGAAUUUUCGCCGAUUGUGCGUGUCCCACGGGAUCGCGUUGGUCAAGCACUAUUCUAUGAACGGGAACUGGAGUGCAUCGUGGAAGCCUUUCCGCCGCCGCAGGUGGAAUGGGUGUUUGAGGGACGGAAAAUAGUCAGCGAUCAAUAUUACGAUGUUUCAACAUUUUCCGUUGUUAAUGAGGUCACCGAGAUGAAAUUGCGGGUCAAGAAUAUCCAGAAAAAACACUAUGGCAUCUACCAGUGUGUAGCGCACAAUAAGCUGGGCUCCGCCACCGGCAAAGUUGACCUCUAUGCCACCCAGUUCCCCAUGGAUACCGGAAGGAAAGCACAGGCACUGGGUCUUAGCGGCAACAACGCCGCACCCGGCACCUUCCUGUCCACUUUCCCCAUCCAGCUGACCUCCUACACCAUCCUCCUUCUCACGCUGGCCAUUAUCUGAGCAAAUAUUCCCAACAUGUGACGGUUCAUACGAAAUCCUGAGGAUCUUCUCCACAGAUAAAUUAUUCAACAUGUUGGCCAGCUGUAGACGAUAUAGAGAAAGAGGCACAUGCACGCGAUAUAUACACUCCAAGAUUUGUGCCGCCGAUGGACUUAAUCUUUCUUUUAUUGUGGUGCAAAUUAGUCCAUCUAAUCCUGUUAGUGUCAGUCAUACCCUUUCCGCGUGGGUUUGGCCGGGGCUUCUUAUGGUCAUCAUAUUAUAUUAUCUGUCUGUGAGCGUUGUGCCCGUGCUGGUCUUUUGCAGUGUGUAUGUAUUUAGCAGAUACUGGAUGGAUUUUAGCAGUUUGCAGCGGUUGCGCCCAGAUUUGUCAGUUUGCAGUCCAGAUUUUCCGGUCACAUCAAACCUCGUACCAAAAUGUAUCUUGGACCAAUUUUCUAAUCUCUUUUGAAUUGUUUCUUAAAUCGUUGUUUGUUAAGCUGUACAUUUUUGAGUUGCCUUGUAUUAUAUAUCGAUUUUAUGUACGAGUAAUUUUUGU